AUGCCUGCCAAACAGAAGGUCUGUCUGGCAUAUUCCGGUGGCCUCGACACCAGCUGCAUCCUUACCUGGCUUAUCGAGCAAGGAUAUGACGUCGUCUGCUUCCUCGCGGAUGUCGGCCAGGCAGAGGACUUCAAAGAAGCUGAGCGCAAGGCUCUAUCGAUAGGUGCGCUGAAACUGGUUGUUGCUGAUCUGAAGCGCGAAUUUGUUGAAGAGCUAUGCUAUCGCGCCAUUCAAUGCAAUGCCAUAUGGGAGGACAGAUAUCUUCUCGGGUUGCACCGGAAAGGGGUAAGGACAAUUGCUCCGCUUACAUCUUGUUUGAAUGAAAACUCAUUGAGCAAUAGCAACGACCAAGUCCGAUUCGAGCUUGCUUUUUAUGCUAUCCAGCCAUCCAUCCAAGUGAUCGCACCGUGGCGUCUUCCUGAAUUCUACAACCGAUUCGCCGGCCGCAAUGACCUCCUCAAUUAUGCUGAACAACACAAUAUCCCCGUUACAUCCACAAAGACUAAGCCAUGCUUCGCCCACUGCUCCUACGAAGCCGGUAUACUUGAAGACGCCGACGUCACACCCCCCGAUGACAUGUGGAAAUUGACGGAUGACCCUCGCAAUGCUCCCGAUGCCACUGAGGAUUUCACUCUCGCUUUUGAGAAGGGCAUCCCAAGUCUAUUAACCCUUGGGGGAAAGAAGAUCUCCGAUUCCGUCGAGAUUUUCACCGCACUCAACGAGCUUGGCCGCAAGCACGGUAUCGGACGAAUCGACAUCGUCGAGAAUCGUUACAUUGGUCUCAAAUCUGAAUUCAUUCCCAAACUAACCAAACCGCACAGCGACUCACCUGCCAUGACCAUCCUCCGCCUCGCCCAUCUCGACCUAGAAGGCCUCGUCCUAGACCGCGAAGUCCGCCUACUUCGUGAUCAGUUUGUAACCGUAACGUGGUCCAAGCUCCUCUACAACGGCCUUUACUUCUCUCCCGAGCGCGAAUUUAUCGAGAAGAGCAUCCUAGCCAGCCAGGACGAUGUUAACGGCCAGGUGCGCCUGCGCUGCUACAAGGGCCUAACCAGCGUGUUAGGUCGCAGCUCACAGACGAGUAAACUGUAUAGCCCUGAACAGAGCAGUAUGGAUUCGCUGGACGAUUUCCAGCCCACCGAUACGACCGGAUUCAUUGCUACGCAGGCUAUUCGGUUGAAAGCGUAUGGGCAUGCACAGGCGGAUAAGGGGGUUGAUUUGAGCCAGGGAUAA